GUCCCACGAGCCUCAACAACCUUGCUCGGAGAUACCGCACUCCAAGACUUCAACCCGAAGGAAAAUACCUUUCCUUCGUACAACCAAAGGAAAGGGAUGGCAUUAAAAGUCGUCAAAGAAUCAACGAUGGAUGAUUCAAGCGACGAUGAUGAAGUCAAGCUUGUCAUGAAGAAGUUUUGUAAACUUCUAAGGAAGAAAGAAAAGGUUGAGGAUGGCCCUGUGUGCUAUGGAUGUGGUGAAGUCGGGCACAUCAAGAACAAAUGCCCGAAAAGCGGAAGGAAUGCUCAGCACUUCAAAAGGCAAAGGGCAUAUAUCUCUUGGGGUGGCGACUCCGGCGACGAGUCAACCGAUCAAGACGAGGAUGAAACUGCCAACCUCUGUCUCAUGGCGCACGAAGACCAAACCAACGAUGUACAACAG